GGCGCGAGGUCGAAGGGCCCGUGGCGCCGGCGUCAUGGCGGCCUCCACUCUGGGCUCGGCAUGGGGUUCGCUGCGGCCCCACGUCCCGAGUCUGUGCCGCCGCCGGCCGCCCCAGGAUCUGUGCGCGCGUUCGCGGCGGUUGCCGGAGCUCGCAGUGUCCGGGCGGAGCCUAGCCGCGGCUAGCGGGCGGGGGGCAUCGGGCACUGACCUCUACUGCAUGGAGUUGCUGCGGAAACGAGAUUAUGAAGGUUAUUUAUGCUCCCUGCUGCUCCCUGCAGAAUCCCGAAGUGCUGCGUUUGCAUUGAGGGCCUUCAAUGUGGAACUGGCUCAGGCUGGUUAAGGACUCAGUCUCUGAGAAAACGAUUGGGCUGAUGCGAAUGCAGUUUUGGAAAAACACUGUGGAAGACAUAUACUGUGACAAUCCACCGCAGCAGCCUGUGGCCAUUGAACUGUGGAAGGCUAUCAAAAGGCAUAAUCUGACCAAAAGAUGGCUUAUGAAAAUCAUUGAUGAAAGAGAAAAAAAUUUGGAUGACAAAGCAUAUCGUAAUAUCCAGGAACUGGAAACUUAUGCUGAAAACACGCAGAGCUCUCUUCUUUAUUUAACACUAGAAAUAUUGGGUGUAAAGGAUCUUCAUGCAGAUCAUGCCGCAAGUCACAUUGGAAAAGCACAAGGCAUUGUCACUUGCUUGAGAGCAGCUCCCUAUCAUGGUAGCAGAAGAAAGGUGUUCCUUCCCAUGGAUAUUUUUAUGCUGCAUGGUGUUUCACAAGAAGAUUUUCUACGGAAGAACCAAGAUAAAAAUGUGAGAGAUGUCAUAUAUGACAUUGCCAGCCAGGCACAUUUGCACCUAAAGCAUGCUAGAUCUUUCCAGAAAAGUGUUCCUGUGAAAGCGUUUCCUGCUUUUCUUCACACGGUUGCUCUAGAAGACUAUUUAAAGAAAAUUCAACAAGUGGAUUUUGAUAUAUUUCACCCAACUUUACAGCAGAAGAAUACAUUACUUCCAUUAUCUUUGUAUAUUCAAUCAUGGAGAAAAAGAUAUUAAAAUAAUUUCGUGGCACUGGUAUUAAUUUAUUAGUUUUACAAGUGUAGUAGUUAGGGUUCUUGUUUACAUACAACAGAAACUGGCUCUGUGUAAUUAAAGAGAAAAGGAAUUUAUUGGAUGGGUGUUGGGAGACUCACAGAAUUGAUGAGAAGUGGCUUUGGGACUAGGGUGCCAAGACACUGCCAAGAUUCUGCCACAGGCUAUUGGCACCACCAGCCCAGACACUGGCUGCUGUACCAUCCCUGUGAAGUCAGAGCAGCAGGGGGAGCAUCAUUUUAGCUGUGCUUGCCAUGCUCCAGCUGCCAGAGGACCUGGAGAGGUAAUGUUGUCCUCCCUUCAGCACCCUUGGGAGUGAGGCAGAGAGCACUCAGAUAGCACAGGGGUUUGCAUGCUGAGCAGCCAAACCUCAAGUGUCAAGUACAGCUGAAAAACUGCAUUUAGUUAGGGGUCAUGAAAGGGGGAGUUAACAUUUGAGGAGUAUCUAUCAUUGUGUUGAGGGCUUUAUAUAUCUCUAAUGUUUAUCCCUUAAACAACCUGUUUAAGGUAGCAUAGCUGGCUGCUGAGAGCUGGAGACUUAAUUUGACUUUAGGUUUAGCUGGUUUGAAAGCAUUUACUCUGUUAAACCUGCUGCUUCACUGUCUGUCAUUCAACAUUAUUAUGAUCAUGAAGCAAAUGUAAAAAAAUAAUACAGUUAUGUUCACAUUAAGGGGAUACUACAUUUUUAAAAACUAAUAUACGUUGAGCUUCUCAGUGACAAGCACUGUGCUAUGUACUUUCCUGAGUGGUCUCAUUUGAUCUUCCUAAAAACCCUAUGAAAUAAAGAACUUUUUCUGAUGAUUAAAAUUUUUUGUUAUAAAGUACAUGCUCAUUGCAAAAACAGAAUUGUCUACAUUGUGGGUAAUCGAUGACUCUGGAAUCUGAAUGCAUUUCUGACUCGCAAGGAUUACACCACAGUUUCCUCUUUCCUGCUUUUACCCUGGUCUUAUCUCCUACCCCACUAACGUCUCUCGUGUACUUGUCCUCUGUCGACCGUUUCUCUAAGACUUUGUUCUCAGCUGUGAAUUAAUACCUACUUAAAUUGUGAGUUGGCGAUGGCUUAAAAUAUUAAAUCUUUGUAAGUAAAAUUCCAUCCGAGAACUGCUUGAGGCCAAGAAUAUACUGUGUUAUUCAUCGUGGCAUCCCCCAGCACCUAGAAGGGCUUCCAAUUUAGAGCAGCAAGUGGAGUAAUAAAUGUAUAAUUGACUGAGUGUGCAAUGAGGUUGUCUAUGUAUACUCUGUUACUUGAUACUGAUGCUGAAAGAAUAUCUUCUUGUUUAAUUCUAUGGCUUUAGAGAUUAAUUUAGCUUAUCUUGAAAUGCAAGUACAAGGAAAUGGGACACAUUUCCUCUUGGGAUUCUAAACGAUCCAGGGUUGAAGAGUUCAUUAGAGAGAGGUAUUUGUCAAUGAGCAUUGUCUGCAGGUCUUCCAGAUUAAAUUUGGCAGCAAUCAGCUCCUAAGCAUCUUGAUUCAUGUGUAAGGGUCUUAAAAAGAAGUGUUUAAACACAGAACUGGAUUACUGGAUUCUUUACUGGCUCAGAAGCCAGUUCACUAUUAAGUAAAUAAUUUUGGAAUACUUUUGAGGCCAUUUUAAAUUUGAUACUUAGAGAUUUGGGUGAACUAAAGUUACUAACCUCCUAGAGAUUAAGAUGGGGUCUUUUCAGAGACAUUUACUUCAGUAUUAAUUUCCUGGCUUAAAAGAUACUCCCUUAAAGGUUGCCAACAUUCUUUUUCAGUUUCUAAGUCUGUUCUUUUGUUAUUUUCAAGGAGUCAGAUACAUUUUCAAACCAUUUAAGUUGUGUUUUUUUUACUGAAUUAGGUGAGAGCAAUAGAUAACAGGUAUAAAUUACGAAUUAAUCUCAAUGUAAGUAAGGUUAUGUAUACCAUAUAGGAUAUAUACAAAUAUCAUUAGAAAAUAUGUUUGAGGUAGUUCCCAAUCAAUUAACAAUGUUUUUUCUCUUCUUUUGGUAUUUAAUAAAAUUAUUCUUGAGAAAUUUAAUAGCAGCUAACAUUUAUUGAGCGAUAACUUGAAUGGGUGGUGCACUUUCAUACACUGAUCUUCACAGUGAAACAGUCUUUAUUUUCCCAAUGAUAAAACUGCCUCAGAGAUGUUAAGUUCAAGAUCACACAGCCAUUAGUACCAGAGCUUGAUGCCAAAUCUACAUUAGUCCAACGCCAAACCCUGUGUUUUUACCAUUCUUGAGACAGUAAAAUAAACUGCCAAGUUUAAAAGCUCAAGGGCACAACUUGCUUCAGGAAUAAGUAUUACUGCAUAAAUUUCAGCCACAAAUUAGGCAAAAAAGUAAUUACUACACAAAUUCCAAUUACAGAUUAGGUGAGAGAGAGAAGUAAAUGGGCAAUUGA